CCUGUUUUUCAGGAGUACAAUGAGAUUCCACCUGUCAAACGGACAUUGUCCUCACGCAGCCAUGAGCAAGCAUCAGCACCACCCAGUUAUCCAGCUAAUCAGAAUCAUGUUGACGACAACACUGACUACUCUCAUCAAAAUGAGAUUAAUCCAUUCAACAAUUACACUACAACAACAAGUGAAGACUUUAGUGAUCCAUCAGCAAAAGAUGAGUGGGAUAUUGAGCCUCCUCCAAUUGAGGAUGCUGGCAUUCCCGUCAGGGCUUUGUACGACUUUCAGGGAGUGGAAGAGGAUGAACUCAACUUCAAAGAAGGGGACGUUCUCACGCAGCUAUCUUCGCAGGAUGACCAAGGGUGGUGUCAGGGAAGAUUUCAGGGUAGAGUUGGACAUUUUCCAGGGUCGUAUGUGGAACCACUAUAGAAAGCAGUUCUUUUGCUGGCACUGUGGUCUUGUUCUCCAAGGCUGAAGUUUAACUUAGCUUGUAAGCUUAGUCUUGGCUGAUGACCAAGUGAUUCCACCCUUCAAUGAUGUAAUCCUGGUAGCGUAGGUCAAAGCCAUUAAUUUAGUUAAGGUGUAUACAGUUUAAGUAUCAAGUCUCUGACGGAAUCAGAAAAACUUGAUUGAUUGGACAAAUCGUAGUGAAUAGUCGAUAAAUCUAUAUGACCAAUGUACACUGUAGUGGUCAUAUGAAAAGGAACAUAUUUGAAAUUAAUUUGGGUGCAAGAACGAAUUUGCUAGCUUGUAAAUAUUAUUAGGUUCUAUGUUAGAAAUCUAGAUUACAAAUAAGAGAUUCAAAACAAUCCUCCAUUUUGGGGAACUAAGUUAAGGAACAGUCUUGUUUCCAGGAGCAUAAGGGAAAAUUCUGCCAAUAUUUCAAAAUUCACUCCAUGUGUAGGGUUAUGCAUCAGCAGAGCCCUGAGACAAUGUUGGUUUCUGGUGAAACUGUUGUGCUUCAGUAGAGGGCAAGUGAAAUACUUUGGUCAUGUAUAUUAUUUACAACUUGAAAUUGAUAAAGGUAAAUUAAUAAUUAUUAUGGUAAUGAAUUAUAAAGCUGAAGUUUUGGGUGUCUAUGAAGCAAAAGUUUUUGCAAAUUUUUUCAAAUUCACUAUGGUAGUUAACAUACCUUUAAAGGAAAAGGUCACUCCAAAAACCGUAUAGGUUUUGUCAACGCUGAUAAAAACCUCACACUAAGUUUAGCCACUCACCAAAGUUUCAGCCUCUAAAGUGCAGGUUUUCCUUAUGAAAUACGUCUCCAAAGGAGCCCAAAUUUCGACAUUGUUGCCGCCAUUUUGAACAGUACUCUGCAGCCAGGCUGCGUUUUCGUGACGUCAUUCUGUCCAACAGAUUUUGUCCA